CUGGCAUAUCAUAGGGAUGCCCAAUACAUACUAGCUGUGAGGCUUAUCACCACUGUUCUUCCUGGCAUGGCCUUGUAAGCUCAUCUUCGGCUGAAGAGAAGCUAGCACUUGCAAACAUUCCAUCUGGCAAUCUGAGAGAAGCUACUGAGAGAAUCCUGAGACAUCCCCAGCCACCUACCACUGCUCCUGUUCCAAGCAAAGAAGAUCUGCUCACUCCGGAAAAAGAAAAUGAGUGAGACUCAAAAUUCAACAAGCCAGAAAGCAAUGGAUGAGGAUAACAAAGCCGCAAGCCAAACAAUGCCGAAUACACAAGACAAGAACUACGAGGAUGAAUUGACUCAAGUAGCUCUAGCUCUGGUUGAGGAUGUCAUCAAUUAUGCUGUUAAGAUUGUGGAAGAGGAGCGAAACCCUUUGAAAAACAUCAAGUGGAUGACUCACGGUGAAUUCACUGUGGAAAAGGGUCUUAAACAAAUUGACGAAUAUUUUUCGAAGUGUGUUUCUAAAAAAUGCUGGGCACAUGGCGUAGAGUUUAUAGAGAGGAAAGACUUAAUUCACAGCUUCCUCUACAUCUACUAUGUACACUGGAGUAUCUCAACUGCUGAGCUACCCGUAGCACGAAUCUCUGCUGGUACCUACUUCACCAUGAAGGUCUCCAAAACCAAACCGCCGGAUGCACCCAUUGUUGUUUCUUAUGUAGGUGACCACCAAGCAUUAGUUCACAGACCAGGAAUGGUUCGCUUUCGAGAAAACUGGCAGAAGAAUCUUACUGAUGCCAAAUAUAGUUUCAUGGAGUCAUUCCCCUUCUUAUUCAAUCGUGUCUGAUACUUACAGGAUGUCUUAGGAUUGUUUUUCUCAUCAGGAUAUAUUAAAAAUACAAUACAGCACGUCAAACCACAGAAUAUUUAUUGAGUAAUAAACUUGUGGCACACAAUCCAGCUGUAUUUUUUUGCAUUCAUUCAUUUUCCAUUCUGCAACCUCCAUCACAUUAGCAGAGUAACCAGUAACUUGUUUUUUAUUUUCUAAAAUAUUUUUUUCUAUCACUAUAUGCGUCACUUCUGAGUCUUACAGGUAUAGAGCUGAGUUUAGAGAGUUGCUAAAAUUCACCUAUCGGACCAAACUAAGGUUGGUACUUGGCUGUUUGUUCCCCAUCUGAUCCUAAGUCUCCAGCUCAGACACAUCUCUUUAUGGGCACAACUGGGGAACAACAAAAUGGCAACAGUUCUACAGCUCAUAAUAUAACCAGUCUGAAGGGUUCACCUACUCACAGAUCCCUUCAUUUACUGGGAGUUAAGCCUCACUGCUAAAUAAUAUAUUUUGAAACUGGAAAACCGGGCAUGCUGCCUUCCACAAUACACCACUAUACUCAUGAUUGCAGGAGGGUGGCUUGGGGACUAGGGGCAAUGACACGGGAAGGAUACAAUCAUUGCCCUUACUUAUCUUUGAUCUUCUUUCCAUCCUCACACUGAAUAAUCACUUGUUCCUACCUUCCCUGUGAACCUCUCUUGCCUGGCUGCAAAAUUUUAAGACACCAAAGACAAAAUUACAUUAUGCUCUGAGUGAUUACUUGCAAGUACAUCAGAAUAUUUACUUACAUAGAAAAGCACUGGAAAGGAGGAGCACAAAAUAUGAAAGACAAUUGAUAUGGUACUGAAAUUUUUCUUUUUCUUUAACUGUUAGAUAUUUAUGCAAUAAAUAAAAAAGGAGGGAAAACCGUAUCAGAGCAAUAGGCAAGGAGGUGGCAAACUAGGUAAGUCUCCUUGGAGAACAAAAAAUAUAUUUAAAAUACAAUAGCCCUACUACAACUGAUUUAUGGCUCAGGUGACUAAACACAAUUUGAAGCAGUAACAACACUCAUAAGCUGAAAAUAAAAUACUUUUAGCCCUUUUAUUCUUCUUGCCUCUUUCACAAAGAAUAUGCCAAUGAAGCUGUUCUUGAUGUCACAAUAUUCAUAUAUCACAGAAUUUCUGCAUUUAAACUACCUUGCCUACUGAAAAUAAGAUAAUCAUUUCAUCUCUAGGAACCAGUAACCAAAAAAAAAAAAAUGCCCUUAGAGAAUACAUUUUUAUUUGUUUAUUUAUUUAGAGACGGAGUCUCACUCUGUCUCCCAGGCUGGAGUGCAGUGGCUUGAUCUCGGCUCACUGCAACCUCCACCUCCCAGGUUCAAGUGAUUCUCCUGCCUCAGCCUCCCGAGUAGCUGGGACUACAGGUGUGUGCCACCACACCUGGCUAAAUUUUUUGUAUUUUUAGUAGAGAUGGGGUUUCACCAUGUUAGCCAGGAUG